AUGGCUCCCCACGGCGCUACGGAGGAAGAAUAUGUCAGCGGGGCUCAGCUAAUCGCCGAGGCCCUAAAGACACAAAACAUUGAAUAUAUGUUUGGUAUUGUUGGUAUUCCAGUGACUGAAAUUGCAAUUGCAGCCCAAGCAAUUGGAAUAAAAUAUAUAGGAAUGAGAAAUGAACAAGCUGCUUGCUAUGCUGCCUCUGCUGUUGGGUACCUGACAGGAAAACCAGGAAUAUGUCUUGUGGUUUCUGGUCCAGGUCUCAUACAUGCUCUGGGUGGGAUGGCAAAUGCGAACAUGAAUUGCUGGCCUUUGAUUGUUAUUGGAGGUUCCUCUGACCGGAAUCAGGAAAUCAUGGGAGCUUUCCAAGAAUUCCCACAGGUUGAAGCUUGUAGGCUGUACAGCAAAUUUUCUGUCAGACCCAGCAGCCUAGAAGCUAUUCCUGCUGUUAUUGAAAAGGCAGUGAGGUGCAGUAUCUAUGGUCGCCCAGGUGCCUGUUAUGUUGACAUGCCAGGAGACUUUGUAAAUCUACAGAUGAACAAGAGCUCUGUCAAAUAUGUUAAGUGCUGUUUGCCACCCCCUGUCUGCACAGCUGAACACUCUGCUGUAUCUGAAGCAGCAUCUAUCCUUGCAUAUUCCAGACAGCCUCUCCUAAUCAUUGGCAAAGGGGCUGCUUAUUCACGUGCUGAAAACAGCAUCAGAAAGUUGGUGGACCAGUGCGAGCUACCAUUUUUGCCUACCCCGAUGGGAAAAGGAGUUGUUCCUGACAACCAUCCAAACUGUGUAGCUGCAGCCAGAUCCAGGGCAUUGCAACAUGCUGAUGUAAUAAUACUGUUUGGUGCAAGGUUGAACUGGAUUUUGCACUUUGGACUUCCACCAAGAUUUCGACCAGAUGUAAAGAUUAUCCAAGUUGAUAUUUGUGCAGAAGAGCUGGGGAAUAACGUGAGACCUGCAGCAAAUUUAUUAGGUGACAUAAAUGCCGUGACUGAGCAGCUUUUAGAACAACUUGUUCUAAUGGAAUGGAAAUAUCCUUCUUAUUCAGAGUGGUGGAAGGGAUUAAGAGAGAAAAUGAAGAGCAAUGAAGAAACAUCCAAGGCAUUGGCAUUACAAAAGUCCCUGCCUAUGAAUUAUUAUACAGUAUUCCAUCAUGUCAGAGAACUGUUACCCAGGGACUGCGUUCUGGUUAGCGAGGGAGCUAAUACUAUGGACAUUGGACGCACUAUGCUUCCAAACUAUCUUCCUCGCCACAGACUCGAUGCUGGUACAUUUGGAACAAUGGGAGUUGGGCUAGGUUUUGCUAUAGCAGCUGCAAUGGUGGCUAAAGAUCAGACACCCGAGCAACGAGUAAUCUGUGUAGAAGGAGACAGUGCUUUUGGAUUUUCUGGCAUGGAAGUGGAAACUAUUUGCAGAUAUAACUUGCCAGUUGUAAUUAUCGUAGUAAACAACAAUGGGAUAUACAGUGGUUUGGAUGCAGAUUCCUGGAAGGAGAUGUUAAAGUCUGGAGAACCAACUGCGUGUGCACCCCCUGUUUGUCUCCUGCCAAAUUCUCACUAUGAGCACAUUAUGUCUGCGUUUGGGGGUAAAGGAUACUUUGUGAAAACACCAGAGGAACUGCAAAAUGCCCUGAAAGCAAGCCUGGCAGAGAAGCAAGUGCCUUCUCUUAUCAAUGUAAUGAUCAACCCACAAUCUGACAGAAAGCAGCAGGAUUUUCACUGGCUGACUCGUUCUAAUAUGUAACAAAAGAUGCAGAGUGUGAUGAUCCUACCCAAUACAUCUGCUUCAG